CAAAAUUGACCCCUGCGUAACCCCCUGCCUCAAAUUUCCCCCUUCUUCUCCUCCUCCCCUCUCCCACCCGGCAGGCAGUCAAGUACAUGCCAAAUAUGCUGAAAUACAUGCCAGAUCCAAUAUGUGUAUACAUAUUCACCAGUCAUCCAGUUGCACAAGAAAAAUCAGAUCAAGAAGGAAGAAAAAGAAAAACUGAGAAAAAAGAAACAAAAUGCAAGCAAAUAAUAACAGAGAGUAAGAAUGCGAGGCUGUGUUCCACCCUCUGUUCCCAUGGUUCUCUCUCUGGGUGUAGAUGGUUCUCUUCAUCACUGCAAAAGUAGAACUGGUCCGAUUCAUCUCUGUUGAAGAGAGCCACAUCUGUCAGAAUUGAUCGUCAUAUAGUCUUCUUGUUGCUAUGUAUAAUGAUGUGUAUAAUGAUCUCUUGGUUCUGCUCAUUUCACUUUGCAUCAGUUCAUCUAGGUCUCUCCAAGCCUCUGAAAUCAUCCUGCUGGUCUUUUUUUACAGAACAGUAGUAUUCCAUAGCAUUCAUAUAUUAAAAUUUAUUCAGCCAUUCUCCAAUUGAUGGGCAUCCAUUCAGUUUCCAGUUUCUUGCCACUACAAAGAGGGCUGCCACAAACAUUUUUGCACAUGUGCUGUUGCUUCCAUGUUUUGGGUUGAUGCUGAAUUAGGGAGUGACAUUUAUCUUGAUGGAAUUAUAUCUGUUGUGGAUUCCAAGUAUGGAUUGAGGCAUUUAACAGAAGAAAAAGCAGAUGGCCUGAUCAAUGAAGCAGUGAGGCAGGUUGCUUUGGCAGAUAUUGUUAUAAUCAAUAAAACUGACCUUGUUGCAGAAGAGGAGUUAAUUAAAAUCAGAACAAUCAUCAGAUCAAUAAAUGGACUAGGAAAAAUCUUAGAAACACAAAGAUCAAGAGUUGAUCUUUCUAAAGUACUGGAUUUACACUCUUUUGACAGUCUCUCUGGAAUCAGUUUACAGAAAAAACUACAACAUAUGCAGACAACACAACCUCACCUUGAUAAGAGUAUUGUUACAGUCACGUUUGAAGUACUAGGAAGUACAACUGAAGAAAAUCUAAAUAUAUUUAUUCAAAAUCUUCUGUGGGAAAAAACUGUGAAAAAUAAGGCAGAUAAUACCAUGGAAGUCAUCCGACUAAAGGGGCUGGUGUCUAUCAAAGACAAACCACACCAAGUGAUUGUCCAAGCGGUCCAUGAACUAUAUGAUCUGGAAGAGACUCCAGUGAAAUGGAAGGAAGACAGUGAGAGAACCAAUAGACUAGUGCUGAUAGGCAGGAACUUAGAUAAAGAAAUCCUUAAACACCUAUUUAUAGAUAUAGUGACUGAAAAACAAGUAAGCAGUUGAUACUACAUUAGAAGCAUUAGAAGGAUGAUAUACUGGGGAAAAUCUAUUUUCUUCUGUUCAUCAAUCUAUUUCUUGUCUACUUAUGAAGUUUUUUUCUUCUAUAUAAUACAUUAAAUAGUGUCAAAUUUUCAGCAUCAAAUAUUGUAAAAUUUUCAGCGUGUAUUACUCAUUUUCUGUGAAAUGCAUUGAAUUCAACAUGCAUUUAUUCAAUAUCUGCUUUGUUCAAGAUAAAUCCUGGGGACAUAAAAACAGAAAAGCUGACCCUAUCCUUGAAGCUGAUGGUCUAUUAGGAACAAAAUUUAUUUCAGAUAGGUAUACUAAAGCUGUCUUUCAGAAUUGAUUUUGAAGAUGAAAUUGGCUAAAAACAACCCUUUAAGAGUGCAAAGUACAUUAAUUACCUUUUGCAGAUGAAUUAACUGAUGCUUGUGACUUGCCCAUGGUUACUUAGUAUUGGUCAGGACUCAUUUUAAGACUUAAUGACUCCAAAUUCAAAGUGCUUCCCAUAAUGUAAUAUUUUAAAAUAGCAUUGAUGGAUGCACAUUUUACAUCUCUCUGUAUCCUAGAAAGGAGAUGUCAGAGGUUGGAACAAUGAAGAUAACUUCUUUGCAAAUGAUAAAAUUUUGAAAGUAAUUCAAAUUUAUUCUUUUUUUUUUUUUUUAAUAAUUUUUUAUUGAUAGAACGUAUGCCAGGGUAAUUUUUUACAGCAUUAUCCCUUGCAUUCACUUCUGUUCCGAUCAAAUUUAUUCUUUACAAUAUUUCUUUGGAGAGAGGGAAUCAAAAGAACAAAAGAAAACCAACAAGGAAGCAAAAUAAAGCUGGACAGCUUUGAAAAUAAUGUGUUGUAUUCAUUAUUUGGUUUUCUUGAAAUGAAAACUUAUUGUUUGGUAUCGAAUCGUAUUCUGCCAUGGAUUUGGCAUUUUUUCCCCUUAUUUUGUAUUUCAGUUUAAAAUAAAUUUUAAAAAUUUAUAAAAAAGAUAAUACCUUAAUUAAACAGUGUUUUAAAUAUGUUGAGCUUAGUGGGAUUUGGAAAUUCAAUAAAGCUGACGUCUAAUUAUAGUAAAAAAUAAAACAAAACACAAAACCCCACAAAAGUUUGCAGAAGCACAAAAAUAGCUAAAAGACUUAGAAAUCAAGACCAGGGGGAAUGUGAAACUGAUUGAAAGUAUGCUAAUAUUAUAAAACAUAUAAGAAGAAUUUCAACUGAAAAUAUAGUAGUACUUCCUAUUUCAUAUUUGGUCAUCACAAGUUCAGUGACAUUUUCUUAAAUGUAUAGCAAUGUAAUGUGUUACCAUUAAAAAGUGAAAACAGA